GGACGCUGAUGCCAAAUGAUUCCUUUAUUACUUCAGUUGCCUACAAUUUUCCUUGUGCCUUCAGUCUUCAUGCAUCGUGUUUUUGUUUACGGCUCCCUAAAGAGGGGCCAACCCAAUUACCCCUACAUGACAGACAGCAGUAAUGGAAAGGCCGAGUUCCUCGGUACCGCCGUCACCGUCCAGAAGUAUCCACUGGUGAUCGCUACCAAGUAUAACAUCCCUUUCCUCCUUAACCUUCCUGGACAAGGUAAGAGAGUUAAUGGGGAAAUCUACCAAGUGGACGAAAAGAUGCUGCAAUACCUGGACUGGUUCGAGAAGGUUCCCACCAUGUACCAGCGGACUGUAGUGGAGCUGGAAAUCAAGAUGGCGGACAAGGAGGAGAAGCUGUCGCCUGGAAGCAUCAUGGAGGCGUUUGUGUACAGCACCACCACCUACCAGCCGGACUGGCCAUCACUGCCCACCUAUGACAACUACGACUCCAACGGAGACCACGGGCUAAAAUUCACGCUGAGGGAAGACCGGAGAUAGUGAUGCUGCUUUUAAACCCACAGAAAGGAUCAAGAGUUCUAGCAAAUGAGUAACGAAUCAAUAACUGAUCAAGUUUUCUGUUCUUAGUGAUUUAAAACCA